UCUUUGCUCCAAAUGGUGCGUUUUUCGGAGAUUAAUGAAGACCACCUCGAUGUCUCCAAACCGUAUUUACCACCCAAAUCGAAGUCAUUGUGGAGUGGCUUUUACGCAGGUUCAAAACGAGUUUUCAACCCUUUCGCGAAGUCAGACCAACCAAGUCAGGGCUCUGCGAAACACCAAUCCAUGGGAGUGCAACAGGGCAUCAAAGUUGAAGAUUUGGAGGCCAGCGAAACUUCUGCUCCUUCAGAAGUCGAAAAAACUGAGGCUGGUUUGGCAUCAGCACCAUUGGAGGAAGGUGCAGGACGUCUUCUAUACACAGAGGUUGUGGAAGCAUCUGCAAUUGCCGACAGUGAACCUCACGCCACUGCGGCACCAGAAAGUGCUGUGUCAGAGGUUGAGAAAGUGAGGUCAAAGACGCUUGAAGAGCUUGAUGGUCUGAAGGAAGCAAUCUUUGGGCUGCAGAGUGAAUUGCAGUUACUUCGACGAGACAACGGGGUACUGAGAUCUGCUUUGUGUGCGCAAACAGGUGGUUCGCUCCCCGUGGAAAUCGCGGUAUCUCCGACUCCAAGUGUGGCGAAUUUGCUCACGAAAGAAAUGUCAAAGUCCAAGGUUGAGGAGGAUGAGCGGAAACAGGCUGCGGCUUUGCCAGAGGCUAGAUCUUCUCGCUCUUCACAAAGCAAGCGAAAAGCAAACCAAGGAAGUUGUUGGCAGCCUCUUUUUGAAGACUGCUGGGAUUCCGCGGACACACCGCUUGAAGAUGCUAAGAGCCCGGAGCCACCAAAGCAGGAUCCACCGCCUGCCAGUGCGUCCUCUCCGUUGGCCUCAACAGUGGGAGCAUCGACCAUUGGAAGUGCGACCCCUUCGAUACCUGCAUCCACUGCUGCAUCUCCGCAGAUGGUAAGACUUCCUCCUCCCAGAGAGCCUCCAAUGGACUCUUCAAGGGAGCCGCUGACAGCUCCAAUGCCUGAUAGCUGGGGAAGGCAAGCCAAUCCCUGCUGGAGGAUGAUGCAAGACAAGGAUCGCCAACCAAACUUCUUGGGCCGACGCGCUGAGGAACAAAAUCUUUCCUCAUCAUCUUUGAGGCCAGCUUUGCUUCCAUUGCCUCUAAGCACAUUGAACCACCCUCAAGGUGCUGAGAUGUCCGAGGAGUCGGACUGCCCUGAGGCUCCACCUGAGUCUGAGGAGGAGUGUCCAUCGCCUCCACCAGCACCGGUGUCGCCUUGGAUUCCUGGCAUCGAAGAACAUCCCAAGGCUUCCGGCACCAUGGCUGCAAGCUCGAAGGUUGUCUUGCCAUUCCCAGAAGUGCCAAUGAGACCCUUUGUAGACGAUCCUGCGUAGCGUUUCACCAAAUUUGCCACAAAGUGGUUUGUUCUCGUCAGGCGAGAGGGGCUCAAAGGUGACA